AUGGUCUCUGCCCUGUGGCCGAUGCUUGGAGAAGAGUGUUGUGGCAGGGUGGCCUCCCUGGACAUCUUCUCCAGUAUACCCAACGAUAUUAGUAUCCUACGUCCCUAUGGUCUCUGCCCUUUGGCCGAUGCUUGGAGAAGAGCGUUGUGGCAGGGUGGCCUCCCUGAACCUCUUCUCCAGUAUACUAUAUUGUUGAAUGCUAUUGUCCUUGGAAAAUUUCAUCGAUAUGUUUCAACAUUUGCAAGUGACGCUGAUUGUAAAGACUGGAAUUUCCUAAACUGUCUCCGGUACCUGAAAGAUUAUGCAGAAAUUCAAUUUACUUCAGACAGCAAACAAGAUAUCUUAGAUGCAUUUAUUAAAGUCUUUAAGAGAAUUGGUGAAUCUGGUACAAAUAGGGAAAAAAAAAAGGCCAAAAAAAUUCAUGAUAGUGCCAAAGCGGUCUUCCAAACAAAAAAGAUUUCUGAAUUUUUUGAAGAGUUAGAUAGAGAGUUUAGUGAGAGACGUCUUGAAAGAUCACUUGAAAAUAAUGGCAGUGAGCUGUUAAUAAAGUCUUGUAAUUUCCAGACACUGAAUCAUUCGUUACGUUUCAAAAAAAGAACCGCAAAAUUAAAAAGGAAAUAUGAAACGGAGGACGAAACAUCAGAAACAUCUUGUGAACCAAAGUCAUAUAAGAUCCGAUCAUCUGAGUCAAACAUCUCAACAACAUUAGUAGAAAGCGAAGUUAUGAGCAGAAGUUCAACCUCAGAUCAAACCUAUGAUUCUCCUUCUGAUUCUGAAGGUUCCAUAAAAGCAAAGAGGUCAUUUUAUCUUGAUUAUUUCAUAGGACCUGGUGAAAUUGAUUGGGAACUAAAGGAAGAUUCUACCAUGUGGGUUAUUGGAGAAGUAGAUAUUUCUAAAAUUUGUGUGGAAUUCCGUACUUCUGUAAUACAGAAAUGCAAGUCAAAGGAGAUCUUAAGUACCGAUGAAGAACUGGCCCUAAACCAUAUAUUUCUUUUCCAAGAAGAGAAUCCGCAAGGACUUUAUGAAUAUUUUGAUGAUGAAUCAUGGAAGUGCGUUUUCUCAGAGAUUCGUACACAAUAUCCUUAUAUUAGUGUUCCAGAACAUGUCCUUGAUUUGUGUGGAACAAAUGUGAAGAUCGCGUCUCAAGAACAAGACCCACAAAGACGUCGAUCCGAAAUUAAGGAUUUUCUAAGAAACUAUAAGACGAAUGGAGAGCUCGAAGAAAUAAUGCACAAUAUACUCUUUAAUUUAGUUGACCGUUAUCAAAGUUCAUUUGUCAAAAAUAACGAAAACGAGGAUACACAUUCUCACAACUAUGUUGCCCCUGUGAUCAAGCCGUUUUUUCCAGAAGGCAAAAAAACGACCAUAGACUGGGCAAACAAGACAUCAAAAUCAUCUGCUCAGACAAUGAAACAAUUCGAUCCUAUCCUUUCUGGCUCAAAACCCGACUUUACAAUAAGAACCAUCAAUCCUAAAAAAUUUGUUGAAUUAAUGUUUGCCGAAAUAAAACCACCGAAUACAAGAGCGGAUUUAGUAAAUGAGGAUCUAGUGACUUUGGGAAAAACAAUGCGAGCAUCAUUUGAUAAGUCGUUAGAAGAUGGUGUUGAUCUUGUUAUCUGUGGAUUGCAUGUCUUUGGUUGGUAUAGUAAGGCCAAUUCCUUUCAUAGAAAUGCAACCUUUACGAAUUUUGCCUUCACAAUUUUAGGUUACCUUGGAAGAUGCUAUAUUAUCGAUCUUCGUUAUGAUGGACUUUAUCGAAUGAUACUGGUGGGAGAAUUUAGAUUUCCUGAAGAUCCAACAACUUGGGGGACACUUAUGAGCUAUUUUCAGGUGAUGGCUACAAUGCAG